AUGAAGCGAUCUACGAAACUGUGUAUAAUCCUAAACCUCUCCUGUUGCUUAUGUAUUUCACUGAUCGUCGGUUCCGUGGUAGCCAUCUACAUGUUUGGAUUACAAUCCAAAAUGCCGGAUCCUGGAUUUUGUACGAGGAAGCAUGCGGCGAUAGCUAUGGAGUGUGCAAAGAAAGACGAUGAGCUUGGAGCAGCUGCAGCAAGUUUGAAUCAUACGAGUAUUCUAUUGAGGCGACCCGAAGAUUAUGAGCCACUCGGAGGAUUGUGCUUUGUCACUUUGCAAUGCGCUCGUGAGAUCAAAUGUCGAGCUAUCCGAAGAAUCCUCAACGACAUCAGCAUCUGCGGUUUCAUCUAUUACUACACGAAAGAGUUCUCCGAGUGCGCGGACCGUCUCUACGAGAGAAGGAAUGAUGUCCCGUGUCUUGGAGAGAUUUUCAAUGAAAAUAAUCGAACUCCUAAAGAGGCCUGUCAAAAGUGGAAAUCAAUCAACCCAUGCGUGAAAGAAGCGAUUCGAAACGAGUGUGACGACAAACUUGGAAUCCUACAGUUUAAAUGGGAGCAGAAAUCCCAAAAAGCCAAUUCGAUCUACUGCGAAGAAGAUCACAGGAUCACCCUUGGUUCAGAAGAGGCGCCCGAUAAUUAA